UGUUUCUGUUCCAGAACAUGGAGGUUGGAGAUGAAAGUGGCCAUCUGUGAGAUUCUGCUGCUUUAAUGAGACAAACUGCCCUCAAAGUCUCAGUUUGGAGUUCCUCUGCUGCGAGGCGCUCACAGAUGGACGAGUCAGAGUUUCUCAUCAGGGUUGUGCAGAACCGGGCCUCUCUCCAGAACCGGCAGCUUUCGUUCAUCUCAUCGUCCUGCUGAAGAAUGAGGCUCAGAGCAGAUCAGGACGUUUUCAUCGAGGUAACAGGUGAAGCAGCUGAACACGGCUGCAUGAUUACACCUCAUCCACGCCGAGUUAGUCCUGACAGAGCAGACUGAUCGGAGGGAAAAAUACAAAUCUGAUGUUUAACGUCCUGCCUGGUUGGUCCAGAAGAAAGCAGGCAGAGAAUCAGACCUUCAGCUGGAACAACAGGAGGAGAACAAAGAGCAGUCCAGCAGCAGGAUGAGUCCAGGAUGCAUGGACAGAAAACAGAGUGGGGGGGAUGAACACGGCUCCAGGGUUACGCUCAGGCCUCCCACGGUGAUAGGCCAGUUCCACACCUUGUUCUUCGGAUCCGUCCGGAUGUUCUUCCUGGGCGUUCUGGGAUUCGCCGUCUACGGGAAUGAAGCCCUUCACUUCAGCUGCGACCCCGACCGCCGGGAACUCAACCUGUUCUGCUACAACCAGUUCAGACCCAUAACACCUCAGGUGUUUUGGGCGUUACAGCUGGUAACUGUGUUGGUUCCUGGAGCAGUGUUUCAUCUUUACGCUGCCUGUAAGAACACCGACCAAGAGGAGAUCCUGGACCGACCCAUCUACACAGUCUUCUACAUAAUUUCUGUUCUUCUGCGCAUCAUUCUGGAAAUCAUCGCCUUCUGGCUGCAGAGCCACCUCUUCGGCUUCCAGGUUCAUGCCCUGUACGUGUGUGACGCCAGCUCUUUGGAAAAGGCUUUUAAUGUGACUAAAUGCAUGGUACCAGAACACUUUGAAAAGACCAUCUUCCUCAGCGCCAUGUACACCUUCACCGUCAUCACCAUACUUCUGUGCAUCGCGGAGAUAUUUGAGAUCCUCUGCCGGCGGCUCGGUUAUCUCAACAACCAGUGACACAAAUGAACAAACGGAGAGUGGAAACGUUUGACACGAUCACUGUCGGAGUUCACUGGAAUCAGUGUUAGCAAAACUUUUAUAAAACAAGUUAACACAAGAGCCCAAUCUCACCUGUGGUAUGAUAAUGACGACAGGCACCAAGACAAAAGCAACCACUUGGAGACAUUCCUGGUGUUUGUUGUCUUUCGGCAUAAACGGAACAUCCCUGGUUGUGUUUUAGAAGUCAGCAGGUCCAUCCUGGCUGGGUCCAAAGGUGUUGUUUGGACAGAUGGAACGGUUAGAGAACUUCUACCUGCUCCUGAGUUGUUUAAAAAUGACUCAUACAAUUCCGUUUUUUUUAUUUACAGAAAAAACUAAACAUCGGGUAUCAGCUUCCUGGUUCAACUAAACAUUUUGACUUUUCUUGGAAAAAUAUGGAAUUGAAGCCCAAUUUGUUGCAAAUGUAAUGGUUCUGAACAGCAAGGGGGUCACUAAAACCUAUUUUUGGGAAUCAAAUCUCCAGUAGUUAGUGAGUGAAAAACUAUGAAAAGAUUUGGAAAGCCUUAAUUUAAAGACUAUCUUUAAACAAUAUGAAUUGGUGGUUAGACCUGACGAGGGGAUCACAGAGCAUGGAACACUGUGAGGGUCUUUCCAGGACAACUGAACAUUUGGCACCAAUGGUCUUUGUUCUUUCAUGUGAAGCAGUCAUUGAUUGAUGGAGCAGCUGGAGCCUGAACCAACCUUCACCACCAAUCUAACAUAAAAGGAAUCAAACAAGUUUAAUAUAAAACUAUAUGAGAAAGAAAUCACCCAUAAAAUGUUUGCAAUGAAAUGUGUUCCACUGAAGGUAAAAGAUCUCUUCAAAGACGUAAGUUAUGGAAACAAAACUUUAGAGUUUCAAAAAGGAGGAUCAGAAAGUUAAAAAAUUAUGUGUGGAAAAAAUAAAAUUAACCCCAUUUUAUAAUACUAGAUAUGUCUUUUUUGGGGUACAAAACAGCAAACGAGAAGACUGUGUGUAUUUGUAUAACUGAAUUUAAAUUCAUUGUACCAUAAAAUUAUUUAUCGAUGGAUGAACUGUUGGAAGUUUGAAGCAGGGUGAUUGUUUGAAAAGAUAUUUGAACAACAGCUGCUUCCUCACAAUAUUCAAGGUGAGUCGAAAGUGGUCUCAGCUUGUAGUUCUGAUUAGUUUUUAACAAGUUUGGACAAACCCAGAUUGGAAAAUUGGGGGUCUUUGUGAUUCAAGGUGUUCCUGCUCUGACAAACAAGGAAGGAAAGUUCAUUCUGAGGUUUUGUUCAGGUCUGAUUAGGUGUUUUCCUCUUCUUUUUUAUUUAGGUUUGAAUAUUUUAUGUAAUUUUGCUUCUGACGUCAGUGUUAUUAGAAAAUGAUUACCUCUUCUGUUUUUCUUUUUUUUUUAAUCAGACAUCCAUCCAGCUUUUCUUGGGACGUUUUCAGCUAUCUGUUUAUCACCUCAGGUUCUACAUUCAUUAGCAGACAGAAGUGAAUAAACCCUUCUUUUAUUUCACAUUUUUAUUUUCAGUGGAUCGAUCCAAGACCUGGUUCAUCUGUAAAAGGUUUAAAACACAAAUGUCACUCCUGUAAAAUGAGUUUAUCUGCAUUUGUGUGUCUGUAAGAAGAUGGGUUUUCAUUUUGGCAAUAAAUAUUUUGGGCCUCGGCCACAUAAAUUAAAA